UCGAAAGAUGCGAAUUUCAUCCAUGAAAAGGAGACGGCGAUAUUGGGUGCAUCCCAUUACAUCAUGCCGAAUGACACGAGGUGUUUAUUCGACCCUUUAUCAAGAACUCCGAAAACACCCUGUCAAAUUUGCAGAAUAUCUCCGUGUAAGUGUCGCAAGCUUUGAUGACCUUUCGCAACGUUUACGUCGCCGAUUGAGACGGAAGGAUACGAAAUUUCGUCGAAGUGUAACUCCCGAAGAACGACUCAUGGUCACUCUGCGGUUUCUGGCUAGUGGUGAAAGUUUUUCCAGUCUUCAUUUUCAAUUUCGACUAGGAAAAUCUACAAUAUCUUACAUUGUUAAAGAUACCUGCCGGGCAAUUUGGAAUCUUAUGCGUGAAGAAUUUCUUCCCCAUCCUACUUGCCAACAGUGGAUCAGCAUAGCCGACAAGUUUCAUGAGGUGACACAGUUUCCCAAUUGUAUUGGUGCAGUGGAUGGGAAGCAUUCGGAGAUGAAGCUUUCCAAAUGUGUGGAAAUUUACUUAAGCCAUAUGCCAGCCGUGGUCUAG